AUGGCUCUGAAUCUCCCCCCGCUCGGCGGAGGCGGCGGAGGGGCCCAUACCCAACCCUCGUUGCCCUCGUUACCUGUCCAUCUGCAGUCGGACACGCACUUGACAGCACACCUCGCCAGCCGUUUUCAUGUAUCGUUGCCCACGGCUCGGCUGUCGUCGCACGCACUGAUAUGCCUCAACACCUACACCUCCUCCUCCAAGGGAGAUGGCAACAGGGAGUCGAGCUCUAUGAGCGCUGCCGAGGAUUUGGCAGAGAGGGCUCUCAUCCGGCUGGGCCACCGCUCUGAAAACCAAGCGGUGCUUUUCCUGGGUGAAUCUGGUUCUGGCAAGACGACCGUCAGAUCCCAUCUCUUAACCUCGAUCCUCAACAAGUCGUCCACCCCCUUCUCCAACAAGGUGUCUUUGGCGGCAUUUGUGUUCGACACACUCACUACUACCAAGACGGCGACGACGCCGACGGCCUCCAAGGCGGGUCUCUUUUACGAGUUGCAGUACGACACAUCAUCCAGCACCAACCCCAUGCUCAUCGGCGCCAAGCUGUUGGACCACCGUUUGGAGAGGAGCAGAAUCGCGGACGUGCCGACCGGAGAGCGUAAUUUCCACGUGCUAUAUUACCUCUUGUCCGGUACGAGCCCGGCCGAGAAGACGCAUCUCGGGUUUGACGAGCCCAUUGGCGCGACUGCCCGGCGAUGGAGGUACUUAGGGCAUCCCACGCAGCUCAAGGUGGGUAUCAAUGACACCGAAGGAUUCCAGCUCUUCAAGACAGCUCUACGGAAGCUUGAGUUCCCCCGCAGCGAGAUCGCAGAGAUUUGCCAGAUCCUGGCAUGCAUCCUGCACAUUGGCCAGCUCGAGUUUGAGACGUCGUCCAGCACCACAGUCGCUGCUGAUGACAGUGGCGGCUUCUCCCACGAGGGUGGCCAGACCACAACCGCGGUGAAAAACAAGGAUGUCUUGGGCAUAAUCGCCGCCUUCCUAGGUGUCAAUGCGGCCGAUCUUCAGACGACAUUGGGCUACAAGACCAAGAUGAUCCACAAGGAGAGAGUGACGGUCAUGCUGGACCCUACGGGCGCCCGGUCCAACGCGAACGAACUGGCGCGGACGCUCUACUCGCUCCUCGUCGCAUAUGUCACUGAGACCAUCAAUCAGAAGCUGUGCGCGGCCGAGGACUCGAUAGUCAAUACUCUCUCCGUAAUCGAUUUCCCCGGAUUCCAACAGCAGUCGACCACGGGCUCGUCGCUUGACCAGCUCCUCAACAAUGCCGCCACCGAGUCCAUGUACAACCUGGCGCUGCAAAACUUCUUCGACCGCAAGGCCGACAUGCUCGAGACGGAGGAGGUAGCCGUGCCUGCGACCAGCUACUUCGACAACUCGGAUGCCGUCAAGGGCCUGCUGAAGUCUGGAAACGGGCUGCUCAGCAUCUUAGACGACCAGACGCGCCGCCAUCGCACUGAUAUGCAGCUGCUCGAGAGCUUGCGGAAACGCUUCGAGGGCAAAAACCCGGCUAUCCAGGUCGGCUCGGCAACGGCCAAGCUGCCCGGUAGCAACUUCUUUACCGAAAACACGGCUGCCACCUUUACGGUCAAGCACUUUGCCGGUGAGGUUGACUACCCCAUCAAGGGCCUGGUUGAGGAGAAUGGCGAGGUCAUCUCGGGUGAUCUCAUGAACCUCAUCAACUCGAGCAAGAGCGCCUUCGUCUCGCGUCUGUUUGGCCAGGACGCCCUGCAAACCGUCGUCCAUCCGCAAGAGCGGUCGACGGUCAUGCAGGCGUCGGUCAGCUCGAGGCCGAUGCGCGCUCCCAGUAUCAUGUCGCGGCGUGGACGCCCGGCGACGUCGCGCACUACCCGCAUCCGUCCCGACAGAGACCAGUCGGUCGACCAGGGAAGCGAUGCGGGCGACGGCGGCGGUAGAACGGCGACACUCAAUGGGCGGAGUUUGGACCAAGGCGCGGCCGGUCAGUUCCUGUCGGCCCUCGACAAUGUCACGCGGUCCUUCACCUCGCCAGGCACCAACUGCUACUUCGUUUUCUGCCUCAAGCCCAACGACCGGCGCAUUGCGAACCAGUUUGAUAGCAAGUGCGUGCGGGCGCAGGUGCAGACGUUCGGCAUUGCCGAGAUCAGCCAGCGCCUGAGGUCGGCCGACUUCAGCCUGUUCCUCCCCUUUGGCGAGUUUCUGGGCCUGGCCGACGCCGAGACGAUGCUAGUCGGCAGCGAGCGCGAGAAGGUCGAGAUGGUGGUCGAGGACAAGCGCUGGCCGAACAACGAGGUGGCCAUCGGCUCGACGGGCGUCUUCCUCAGCGAACGCUGCUGGAUGGAGAUUGCGCAGCUGGGCGAGAGCAUGUCGACUUCUGGCCGCUACGGGCUGCCGUCGGACGGGGGUGAUGCCAUUGGUGUGAAUCCGUUUGGGCAGUCCAAGGAGCGGCUGGUGGCUUCGACGGGCACGCCCCAGACGCUGAGCGACAAGAAGGCGGGCUAUUUCGGCAGCAACGACGUCGACGCGCGGUCCGAUGCCGGCGCCUCGGCGUUCGGCGCUGGCGACAUGUUCAAGAACCUCGACACGCGCGAGCAGAUGGCCGAGAGAGGCAACGAGAAGGACCUGGUCGAGGUGGAGGAGUACAAGGACAGCGCCAGCCGCAAGCGCUGGGUCUUUGUCGUCUACAUGCUGACCUUCUUCAUACCCGACUUCGCCAUCCGGCUGCUGGGACGCAUGCCACGCAAGGACGUGCGCAUGGCGUGGAGGGAGAAGCUGGCCAUCAACAUCAUCAUCUGGUUCAGCUGCGGCGUGUCUAUCUUCUUCAUCGUCGGCUUCCCCAUGCUCAUCUGCCCCAAGCAGUACGUCUACAGCCCCGACGAGCUGUCGCAAAACGACGGCAAGGACGGCAGGAGCGCCUUCGCCGCCAUCCGCGGCCAGGUCUUCGACAUCAGCUCGUACGCGCCCCGGCACUACCCGCCCUAUCUGCAGACCAAGCUGCUCACCCAGUACGGCGGCCUCGACAUCACGUCCCUCUUCCCCGUCCAGGUGUCGGCCAUGUGCCAGGGCACGGGCGGCAACCCCAUCGACCCUCAGGUCCUGCUCGACUACAAGUCGACCAACGUCUCGGGCUCGGCCGCCGUCAUCAGCAGCCAGGACAAGAACUCAAAGUACCACGACUUCCGCUACUUCCACGGCGACGAUUACCGCCCCGACUGGUUCUCAGAGCAGAUGAUCAUGCUCAAGUCGAGCUAUAAGAAAGGCAACAUGGGCUUCUCUCCCGAGUACGUCAGAACGCUGGCUGCCAAGCAACAGUCGGUCGCAAUGCUCAAUGGCCGCGUCUACGACAUGACCAAGUAUAUCAUAGGCGGGCGAGGGAUUGAGGGCAGAGAGGGCGAUCCGGCGCCGGCGGCGGGGGCUACCGACUUCAUGAACCAGCUCGUCGUCGACCUCUUCCAGCAAAAGGCCGGCGAAGACGUCACCAAGCUCUGGGACGCUCUGGGGCUCUCGCGCUCUGAGAAGACGUCGAUGCAGCUGUGCCUGGACAAUCUGUUCUAUGUCGCCGACGUCGACACGCGUAACUCGGUGCGCUGCCAGUUUGCCGAGUACCUCGUGCUGGCCGUGUCGAUCCUGCUGGCCAGCAUCAUUGGCUUCAAGUUCUUCGCCGCCCUCCAGUUCGGCACCAAGAAUACACCCGAGAACCUGGACAAGUUUGUCAUGUGCCAGAUCCCGGCCUACACCGAAGACGAGGACUCGAUUCGCCGCGCUAUCGAUUCAGCCGCCCGCAUGCGCUACGACGACAAGCGCAAACUUCUCGUCAUCAUCUGCGACGGCAUGAUUAUUGGCCAGGGCAACGACCGGCCAACUCCCCGCAUCGUGCUCGACAUUCUCGGCGUGUCCGAGACGGUAGACCCGGAGCCGCUCAGCUUCGAGUCGCUGGGCGAGGGUCUGAAGCAGCACAACAUGGGCAAGGUGUACUCGGGCCUAUACGAGGUGCAGGGCCACAUCGUCCCCUUCCUAGUCGUCGUCAAGAUCGGCAAGCCGUCCGAGGUGUCGCGUCCGGGCAACCGUGGCAAGCGGGACUCUCAGAUGAUCCUCAUGCGCUUCCUCAACCGCGUCCACUACAAUCUGGCCAUGAGCCCUCUCGAGCUCGAGAUCUACCACCAGAUCCGCAACAUCAUCGGCGUCAAUCCGACAUUUUACGAGUUCAUCAUGCAGAUUGACGCCGACACGGUCGUGGCGCCCGACUCGGCUACACGCAUGGUGUCGGCCUUCCUCGACGAUACGCGCCUAAUCGCCGUGUGCGGAGAGACGGCCCUAAGCAACUCCAAGUCGUCCUUCAUCACCAUGAUCCAGGUGUACGAAUACUACAUCUCGCACAAUCUGUCCAAGGCCUUCGAGUCCCUCUUUGGCUCUGUUACCUGUCUUCCCGGCUGCUUCUCCAUGUACCGUAUCCGCGCGGCCGAGACGGGCAAGCCGCUGUUUGUCAGUCGCGAGGUGGUUGACAAUUACGCGACUAUCCGUGUCGACACGCUGCACAUGAAGAACCUGCUACACUUGGGCGAGGACCGUUACCUUACGACGCUGCUCCUCAAGUACCACUCCAAGUACAAGACCAAGUACAUCUUCGAUGCGCACGCGUGGACCAUCGCGCCCGACUCAUGGCAGGUCUUCCUCUCUCAGCGCCGUCGCUGGAUCAACUCGACUGUGCACAAUCUCAUGGAGCUGAUCCCCAUGGCGCAGCUCUGCGGCUUCUGCUGCUUCAGCAUGCGCUUCAUUGUGUUUGUCGAUCUGAUGUCUACCAUUGUGCAGCCCGUGACUAUUGCCUACAUUGCCUAUCUGAUUGCUCUGGUGGCCACUCAUGCCACCGUGGUGCCCGUCACGGCCUUUGUACUGCUGGGUGCCAUCUACGGUCUGCAGGCCAUCAUCUUCAUCCUCCGGCGCAAGUGGGAGAUGAUCGGAUGGAUGAUCCUGUACGUGCUCGCUGUGCCCGUCUUCAGCUUCGGUCUGCCGCUGUAUGCCUUCUGGCACAUGGACGACUUCAACUGGGGCAACACGCGCGUAGUGGCCGGCGAGAAGGGCAAGAAGAUUGUCAUUACGGACGAGGGCAAGUUCGAUCCGGCCAGCAUCCCGCGCAAGAAGUGGGAGGAGUACCAGGCCGAGCUGUGGGACGCGCAGACGUCGCGCGACGACGCCCGGUCCGAGAUAUCGGGCUUCUCGUACGCGACCAAGCCCAACGCGGCGGUGUCCGAGUACGGCGGCGGCGGCUACUAUGCCAGCCGGCCGGGCUCGACCACGGGCUACCCGCUCGGGGGAUACACGGACAAGAUGAUGAUGGCGCCUGGCGUCAGCGUCGCUGCGGUGCCGAGCCGACUGUCCAUGGCCGCCUCGGACAUCCUCAACAACGGCAGCAACAACAACUCGCCCGGCGGCAACAACCGCGCCAGCCAGUUCGGCGGAUCGCAGUUCUUCACGUCGCCGUCGCAGCAGGAGCUCGAGAUGACCAACCUCGGCGUCGGCCUGCCCAGCGACGAUACGCUGCUUGCCGAGAUCCGCGAGAUUCUGCGCACGGCCGACCUCAUGACGGUCACCAAGAAGGGCAUCAAGCUGGAGCUCGAGAGGCGCUUUGGCGUGCCGCUCGACUCGAAGAGGGCGUAUAUCAACAGCGCCACGGAAGCGCUCUUGUCUGGCCAGCUGUAG